AGGUUUAGUUAUUAUGAUCCACACAAGCAUGUCAGUGCCUUGGUAAGAAGGUUGUGUUGGCCCGCUCUGCCCUUCCUUUAUAGACCCUUGCCUGUCUUUUCCAGCACAGCUGUUCUCAGACACUCAAACAUGACAGCAACAAGCUUUUUCUUAUCUUGUCUGCUUUUCAAAGGAGCUCUUGCUCUCACUGGAAGCUUUUGGCAUAUCACAGAUUUGCACUGGGACCCAACUUAUGAAGUGACAGAUCAACCGGAGCUGGUGUGCGCCUCUAGCGGCAAACGGCCUGCUUUGAGCGCCGGUAGAUUUGGAGACUAUGUUUGUGACUCACCAUGGCACCUGAUCAAUUCCUCUGUGUAUGCCAUGAAGAGCAUUCUUCCAGACCCAGACUUCAUCAUCUGGACAGGAGAUGACACACCGCAUGUGCCAAAUGAGGAUCUAGGAGAGGAAGCUGUGAUAAACAUCAUCAGUAAUCUUACUAGUGCAAUAACUGAGAUUUUUCCACACACUAAAGUAUAUUCGGCCCUUGGCAACCAUGAUUUUCAUCCAAAGAGCCAGCUUCCUGCAGGCCCAAAUACAAUCUACAACCGAACAGCAGAACUGUGGAAUCACUGGCUGGAGCUAGAAUCAAAGCAAACAUUUAAAAAAGGUGGAUACUACACCGAAAAGCUACUAAACCGAAAUGGUUACAGGAUGCUGGUCCUUAACACAAAUCUGUACUAUGACCAGAACCAAGUGACCCAGAACAUGGAUGACCCAGCGGAUCAGUUUAACUGGGCAGAUCAAAUUCUCACAGAGGCUGCCGCCAUCAAAGAGAAGGUUUAUAUCAUUGGACAUGUUCCUCCAGGAUUUUUUGAGAAGAAGAGAAGUAAGCCAUGGUUUGCACCAAAGUAUAACAGGCGAUACUUGGAUUUAAUAGAAAAGCAUCACUCAGUCAUACUUGGACAGUUCUUUGGUCACCAUCAUACUGACAGCUUCCGCAUGUUCUACAAUAAAGACAGGUUGCCUAUCAGCACCAUGUUUCUCAGUCCGGGCGUCACACCGUGGGAAACCACACUUCCUGGAGUUGUGAAUGGAGCCAACAACCCUGGGAUUCGUGUCUUUGAAUAUGACACAGACACACUGCUGGUGAAAGACGUUGUGACAUAUUAUCUGAAUCUGACUCAUGCCAACGCAGCCAGAGGACGCUGGGAAAAAGAGUACCGUCUCACAGAGAGUUUCAGGGUACCCGAUGCCUCCCCGGCCUCCAUGCACCAAACUCUGGAGCGUUUGGCUAAUGAGCACUGCUACCUGCAGAAAUACUAUGAGUUCAACUCUGUCAGCUAUGACCUGACGGACUGUGGCAGCGACUGCCGCGUCGACCACGUGUGCGCAGCAAGAGAGGUGGACUUCGACAGGUACGAAGACUGUCUGGUGAAAGAAGGAGCAGCCUCCGUUUUUAGUGGCCGGCUGCUGUUUCUUCCUAUAGCUGUCAGUCUGUUGGCCAGUUGGUAGUGAUUGCCAGUUGUAUCAUGUGACACCUAGCACCUUUCAAAACUGUAAAACAAAAGAAAAGAUUGAUCCUCUUCGCAUCUUUUAACUGCAAAAAUGGAGAUGAAAUCCAGCAGAAAUGCUCUUCUUUGAAACUUCUUGGAUAUCCAAAUCUAACCCUAAACUGUAAAUAAAUAAAUUAAAUUAUAGCACUA